UCGAGCAUCAGACGAGAUACCCUUCCUCUCUCUUAUAAACGAGUCCGUUUGAAAUUGGAUUCCGGGAAUAUCACCAAAAUAAAACCAACUUGUAUUAAAAAUGACAUAAUCUCAAUUAAGAAAAUCCGCGGUUGCUCUGCUAGGGCAACGUGGGUUUUGCCGCCAUCCUCCACCGGAAUCUUCAAAGAAUCAAGGUCAAAUCCGGUAGCCAUGUCUAGGGCUCGAGUCUACGCCGACGUCAACGUUCAGCGCCCUAGAGAUUACUGGGAUUACGAAUCUUUCGUCCUUCAAUGGGGUGUUCAAGAUGAAUAUGAGGUUGUUCGGAAGGUUGGAAGAGGAAAGUACAGUGAGGUCUUCGAGGGUAUAAAUGUCACCAACAAUGAAAAAUGCGUGAUCAAGAUCCUUAAACCAGUCAAGAAAAAGAAGAUUAAAAGGGAGAUAAAAAUAUUACAGAAUCUUUGUGGAGGUCCAAAUAUUGUGAAGCUGCUUGAUAUUGUCAGGGAUGAGCUCUCAAAAACUCCUAGUUUAAUCUUUGAACAUGUCAACAGUACAGAUUUCAAAGUGUUGUACCCCACACUGACAGAUUACGACAUUCGCUACUAUAUAUAUGAACUUCUCAAGGCAUUGGAUUACUGUCAUUCCCAGGGCAUAAUGCAUCGAGAUGUGAAGCCUCACAACGUUAUGAUUGAUCACGAGUUGCGGAAACUUCGCCUGAUUGAUUGGGGUCUUGCUGAAUUCUACCAUCCUGGCAAAGAAUACAAUGUCCGAGUAGCUUCAAGGCACUAUAAAGGGCCUGAGCUCCUUGUUGAUUUGCAAGACUAUGACUAUUCAUUAGACAUGUGGAGCCUUGGCUGUAUGUUUGCAGGAAUGAUUUUUCGCAAGGAACAAUUCUUUUAUGGUCAUGACAACCAGGACCAGCUAGUGAAAAUCGCUAAGGUUCUUGGAACGGACGAGUUACAUGCAUACUUGACUAAAUAUCAUCUUGUGCUUGAACCUCAGCUCGAGGCUCUUGUUGGAAGUCACAGCAGGAAGCCGUGGCAAAGAUUUAUUACUCCAGACAAUCGGCAUCUUGUUUCUUCAGAGGCCAUCGAUUUUCUAGACAAGCUUCUUCGAUAUGAUCAUCAGGACAGGCUUACUGCAAGAGAAGCAAUGGCACAUCCAUACUUCUCAGAAGUGAGAAGCGCAGAAAUUAGCCGGAUGCAGUAACACCAAACUCCUGGAGAAUCCUUGGAUAAACAAACUUGUAUCUAUGCAGGAAGUGCCUGGCCAUUACAUGAUAUUACUUACCUAGCUUAGGUUCACCGCACCUAAACUUUCCUUAUUUAUUUUUUAACUGCUUGUAUUCCUACUUAUUUCGAGUGUGUACAGUAACUUCACUCGUUCAAUUCUUUGAAUGAUUUUUGGGUUUGGAUCCGUAUAUGUGUGCUGUAAAUGCUGAAAUAAGGAGCUUUUAUGACUAAAGGAUAGAGAUGUUGCUGUUUGGCAUAACUGCCUCCCCAUUUCCGUGUCUCAAGCGUUCCAGUUGGAUCAGCUGGGUGGGGGAGUAGCGAGGGGCUUUGUUUUGCAGUUUGUUUUCCCUGUUUUUGUUUAGUCAUCAAACAAAGAAUAAGGAGCUUUAUGCCUUUA